CGCAGUAGUCCAUGUAUAUCAUGACCGUAGAUGCGCGCGUGUAUCAGACAUUCACCUUUUCGAUGAUGAUAGCUUGGACAUUACUUGUUGUUCUUCCAGUGCUCGUUUCAGGUUGUGGGAGGCGUCCCGCCGGUUCUCGGGUCAUCAAUGGCGACGACGCUGCACCACACUCAUGGCCAUGGCAAGUGUCUUUACAAAAGAAUGGUUUUCAUUCGUGUGGUGGCACGCUAAUACGACCAGACUGGGUGCURACUGCUGCACACUGUGUCUUCAAAAACCCUAACAAAGCGGUAUAUAGAGUAGUUGUGGGUGCGCAUAACAGACACAGACCUUCUAGUAUUCAGAAAAGCCAUCGAGUCAAAAUGUUGAUUAUCCAUCAUAACUAUUCUCCAAGAACAUUAAACAACGACAUCGCUCUUAUCCAGCUCUACAAACCUGUUGCUUUAAGURACCAGGUCAACGUGGCCUGCCUGCCGACCAAACACGCAACUGUCGGAGCCAAGUGCUACCUCACUGGUUGGGGUGUUACUGAAAAAAAUCAAGCCGCCAAAAUUCUACAGCAGACUGCACUUCCAGUCGUCUCUCAAAGACAGUGUCGAUUGAAAUACAACGUUCAAGAACCCUACCACCUUUGUGCAGGCGAAGGACGACAGGGGGCGUCAGGGGGGUGCAACGGAGACAGCGGCGGACCCUUGGUGUGUGAGGAAGAAGGGCGUUGGGUUUUACACGGUGCUGUAAGCUUUGGCAAGAGGAAUUGUCCAACGACUGCUUACACCGUGUUUAGUCGUGUCUUCACCUACAUGAGUUGGAUCAACCGGAAUAUUGAUCAGGGACCAUCACCCCCUACUGGUCGACCAACACCUCCCCAGCCCACCCCUCCUGAGUCACCACCACCACCACAGCCAACAACUGCUGCACCAGGUGGUUGCACUGACCGAUGGGGCUCGAGGUGCAGGUUUUACAAGGGCUCGUGUUCCCUUGCCCACAUCAAGGCGGUCUGCAGGAAAACAUGCCAAGCUUGCUAAUUGAUACAAAGAAUGCGAGGCAACAUUUGAUAGUAGUCAGUUAUGUUCUUUCAUGUGAAAUAAAAAUAAAAUUUGAAGACUCAGGAA